AUGUUUCUCACUGUGAUUGUGCCCGGUCCGAAGAAUCCCAAGCAGAAUAUUGAUGUGUUUCUACAACCCUUGAUCGCAGAGCUUAACGAUUUAUGGACCGAAGGAAUCCCUGCAUAUGAUAUAUCAAGAAAACAGAACUUUCAGCUACACGCAGCGUUGAUGUGGACUAUCAGUGACUUCCCUGCGUAUUCAAUGUUGUCAGGGUGGAGCACAUCUGGACACCGUGCGUGUCCAUAUUGUAUGGAGGACUCACAAGCUUUCUCCUUGAAACAUGGACGGAAAACCACUUGGUUUGAUUGCCACAGGAGGUUUCUCAACAUAAAUCAUCGAUUCCGCAGAGACAAAAAGAACUUUAGAAAGAACAUAACCGAGCAUUCUGGUCCUCCUCCAUUCUUAAAUGGAGAACAAAUACUUGAUCAUCUGGAACAAUUUGAAUUCAAGAGAGUAUUUGAUGAAGGUGCGGAAAUAAACUCUGAGUUGAGCAAGAUUUUUGGAUGGAAUAAACGAAGCAUAUUUUGGGAUCUUCCGUAUUGGAAGACAAAUGUGAUUCGUCACAACCUGGAUGUCAUGCACAUAGAGAAGAAUGUUUUCGACAAUAUCUUCAAUACCAUCAUGAAUGUAGAAGGCAAGACGAAGGACAAUGCCAAUGCAAGAAGAGAUUUGCAAGAGCUUGGUAUACGACCUGAACUUUGGCCAUAUGGCGGGAAAUAUCAUAAGGCUAAUUUCACGCUUGACAAAGAAAGUAUGAAUUUAUUGCUCAAGUGGCUUAACAUUUUGAAAUUCCCAGAUGGUUAUAUUUUCACAUAUGAUACCAGAUGUGUUGGGAAGGAACGGACACGAUUCUUGUUAGAAGCCGAGUACAAAGCAGCGCAUACUUACAUAUUGCUUAAUACUCAAGAAGCGAAGGAAUUUGAGCAUAUGUUCAUCGAGCAAUUGCGCGAGUCGUAUCCUGGAAUAACUUUGCCGCAGAUAGAGCAACAAUUAGAAGAUCACUAUGCAUUAUGGUUCAAUGAAUAUGGCCAAAACAACUUGCCUCGUGAUAGUCAUUUGUACUAUCUGUCACAAGGACCGUUGACCGAGGUCACAAGCUAUAAUGUUUGUAUAGUCAAUGGAUAUAAAUUCCACACAUACUCUUAUGGGAAGAGUAAAUCCACCGUCAAUAGUGGGGUAUGUAUCAGAGGAUCGAAUUACAAUUAUGAGGAGGAUGACUUCUAUGGAAUUUUGAAAGAAGUUGUGGAGGUAGAAUAUCGUGCAAGACCGAUUAAGAAAGUUGUUUUGUUCAAUUGUGGAUGGUUUGAUCCGACUCCGCAUCCACGUGGUGGUACGAUUGUUCAUCCGAAGUACAAAAUUGUAGAAGUGAAUACACUGAAGGAGUACCCGAAAUAUGAUCCCUUCGUCUUAGCCAAACAAGCAUCUCAAGUUUACUUUGUACCUUUUCCGAGCAAGAAAAAAGAUAAGGUAAAUUGGCGAGCAGUGCUCAAAGUUCAAGCAAAGAAAUUUGAUUCUAGUUACACCACUAUGAAAGAAGCAGAAGAAGAUGCGGCUUUUCAAGAAGAUGAAGUGGAAGUUCAUGAAAUUUCUGAUGAUGAGCGAUUCAUAGACCCUGCACGUUGUGAUUCUAGCGGCACAAUGAUUCCAAUUUUGAGAGAGGGGGUUUUCCAUCCUUACAUGGUAGAAGUGAGUGAGAAAGCAAGGGAUUUUGAUGUUUGUGGUAGAAUUGUAGCUGAUCCGUCGCUGCAGGAUGUGUUUUACUUGUAUCAGGCUCCAAUCACCCCCAUCUCAUGUAAGAAAAAAUGUAACAUCAUUUGCUCAGCUAUAGAAAUCUGCAUAACUUAUGUUUAUGCUUGA